AUGAAGUUCUUUAAGAAAAGAACUGAUGAGGAUGUGCCCGAAAAGGCAACAUCGUCCAACACGACUCCAGCUCACACUCCGCUGAAGAACAAUUCUCUUGCCGAUGUAUCUCCUCCCGUCCAGGGACGCGUCCCAGCAAUCUCCGUCAUUCUUGGAGCAGUUGCGAGUGUUGGAGGAUUCAUGUUUGGUUAUGAGUCUGGUCAAAUAUCGGGUUUCCUCGCGAUGCCCGACUUCAUUGAGCGUUUUGGAGACAAUGGCGAGUUCUCAGCUGUUCGCCAGGGAACGAUUGUUGGUCUCCUCGCUAUUGGCACAAUGAUCGGAUGUCUUUCCUCUGCUCCUCUAGCGGAUACCUUCGGUCGUCGUCUUACCAUCUCUGGCUCUGCGUUCUUCUACAUCAUCGGCGUCAUCAUCGAAAUCACCAGCAAGACGGUAUGGGCUCAGUUUGCGAUGGGUCGGUUCACAGCUGGUCUUGGUAUCGGUGCCUUGUCUACCGUAGUCCCGAUGUAUCAGUCGGAGUCCAUCCCCAAACGAAUUCGUGGAGCCACAGUCUCGUCCUACCAGCUGUUCAUUACGCUAGGAAUUUGGACUGCAUACAUGAUCAACUAUGGAACGAGGAAGGACUAUAGCAACAGCGCCCAAUGGCGAAUUCCCAACGGUCUUUCGGCGCUCUGGGCCAUUCUCUUGGGAUCGGCCAUCCUUUUGCUCCCAGAAUCUCCCCGUUUUGCCUACCGCAAGGGUCGAAUCGAAGAAGCACGUCGCAAUAUGGCUCGUCUGAACGGCGUUCCCGAAUCAUCUCCAUUGAUCGAUGCCGAGAUUAAGGAAAUACAAGACAAGCUUGAAGCCGAGAAUGCCGGAGGAGAGCAUCCCUGGUACGAGAUCUUCACCGGUCCCCGCAUGCUCUAUCGCACACUCCUAGGUAUGGUGUUACAGGCUGGCCAGCAAUUGACGGGCGCAAACUACUUCUUCUACUACGGAACCACCAUCUUUUCCGCGACCGGACUAGAGAACAGCUACGUCACUUCCAUCAUCCUCGGCACCGUGAAUGUCGCGGCUACCAUUGUUGGACUUUGGAUCGUCGAAAAUGUCGGUAGAAGAAAGGCAAUGAUGGCAGGUGCUGCCUGGAUGUUCAUGUGCUUGUUCAUCUACUCCUUCGUAGGACAGUACCAGCUCAACCACAGCAACCCUCAGGCAACACCGCAGGCCGGUAACAUCAUGAUCGUCUUCACCUGUCUCUUCAUCGCUGCCUUCGCUACGACUUGGGGACCUCUUGUAUGGGCCAUUGUUGGAGAGCUGUACCCCGCACGUUACCGUGCUACUUGCAUGGCACUUGCAACUGCAUCCAACUGGUUGUUCAACUUCCUGAUCUCUUUCUUCAGCACAAUGAUUACGGAUAACAUCGACUACUUCUACGGUCUUGUCUUUGGCGGCUGCUGUUUCGUCCUUUUCUUCGUCGUCUACUUCUUCAUGAUCGAGACAAAGGGCCGAUCCCUCGAGGAGAUUGACACGAUGUACAUCCUCCACGUCAACCCAAUCACCAGCGCCAAAUGGCAGGCGGACUCAUUGCAGCAAGAUGGUCUUGUCAACACAGAUCGUCUGCAUGUCGGCCCUGGCGGCAGGAGCUGGAGCAAGGCUGAGCAGGGAGGCGCUGAUGAGUCGCGAAACAUGGAACACAUGACAGUAUAA